AUGGUGCAAGAUGGGUCAACAGAUGCUUCAGAACUCGCGUACACAAAAUCGAAAAGUGGUGACGAGUGGACCAUCUAUUUACAUUUGUCCAGCGAGGAAUCUCUAUUCACAGGCGAUCGACUGGCUAACAUGUUCUUUCACGCUCAAGCAACAGCUCGCAUUCUCUCAGUAAAUAAGUGCUUCGGGGGUCCUGGCGCUAAUCUGGACGGUUUUCAAGAUGGGUCUUCUGAGGGGCAGAGGAUUCCCCACGAACCGCAACAGGCGCUCCUCUCUUUGAAACUUUGUCGGAAUAUGCCUUUAUUCGCAGCCGUUUCCCACGACACCUUGUAUCUAUGGUCUUCUCGGCCAAGCGUCCUACUUGCAACCGUCCGCAGGUCUGAGUCGACCAUUCUGGAAGAUGGGGAGAACUUUGAUAUUAUAUGGAAGCCAGACGCAACUGCUCUUGCAGUCGUGACGAACAAAGGACACCUUCACUUCUACGAUAUCAGGAAGUCGGCGAGCAAGCCUCUCGACCUGCAAUUUAUCAAUGUGCAUCAUUUCAUGACUGGACCAGGAGAGGCGAACGGGAUGCAGGGCCUCAGUCUUCAUUUCACAUUGGCUCUGGAAAUCGCUACUGGGAUCCAAUGCGGGAUCGGUCGGGAUGAGGAGAUCUUGCUAUGUACGCACAAUCCACCAUCGAUCGUGUCGCUGUCCUGGCAGGGAGACGUAAUCAUCGAUGGUACGAGCGACCUGGCUGAUGUGGACUUUUACGAUGAGGCCGAUAGUGGACUGGUGCACAUCGUCUUGAACGAGCAUACUGGGCUGUACGGAUGGAUCACUGCUUUGGGCAAGGCAUACAUUGCUCAACGCUCGAGUGCUGCUCGAAGUUUGCGGACAUGGUUGGGUCUCUGCUUUUAUAAUUCGGACAGGACAAGCGCCAAAGCCACCUGCAUAGCGAUGAAUCAACUAUACUCAAUGAUAGCUGUUGGCACAACAUCAUGCCGAUGGUCCGAAGCUCAAAUAGGAGGCGUAAGCGCCUUGGAUUGGUCGACAGAUGGUCAAGCUCUGGCAGUGGGAUGGAGCUCCGGUGGUCUGUCACUCUGGAGCAUGUACGGCCGCUUGUUGAUGACGACGUUCUCCGAAGAGUUGCGAAGUUCGUCCAGCGAAGAGGACGAUCCUGUUGUGGAAGGUUACUUUACUGGCGUGCGAGAUCUGGGAUGGGGAGUGGGGGAUUUUGACUUGUUUGUGCUCCCUAAAUGCCUGCACAACGAAGACGUCACCGGUGACAUAUAUGUGCUUCCAUUCGCGAAAUCAGCUCUCGUUGACAAUUUCACCCAGGCCCGCAUCGCAUGGAAUUGCCUUCUCACCUUCACCUCGAUUGCCCUUAUAUCAGAUCCCGCCCAUUAUGUUGCUCUGAACGCCAACGGAAACUACAUCGCCAUUGCGGGAAGCCGGGGACUUGCACAUUACAGUGCUGCAUCGAACAAGUGGAAGUUGUUUGGUAACGAGCAGCAGGAGCAAAGCUUUCGAAUAAUUGGUGGGAUGCAUUGGUAUCGCAAUGCCCUGAUCACUGGAUGCGAGGAUUUGGAGACACAGACAUAUGAGAUUCGAGUUUUCUCCCGAGAAGGAAAUCUGGUCCUUACCAAUGUGCUGGUGAACGAACCACUUCCUGCUUCUGUUAUUGCUAUGGGCAUGACAGACGCAAACUUGCUCGUAUACACUGCCGACAAUGUGUUGCGGCAAUACCUUGUGACUUCGGAAGGAACCAAAAUGAGUUUGCAUGCUAGAACGACGCUUUCUUUGAACGACGUUGUACCGUCUCCAUUUGCUGUUCGAGCCGUGGCUUGGUGUCCUGCUGGAGAUGGACAACAGCAGAGCCAGCCUAGCAUUCUAGUGUUGAAUGGGGGAACUCUCCACCUGUUCAAGGAAAACUCUGAGCAGAGUUGGGAGCUGACACAAAUCAAGACCAAAGUCGAGAUUUUCUGGAUCUCGCGACCACAAGACCGCAUUGGGAAUCUGUUCAAUUCGUUAUGGGUGAUGGAUGGAAGGAAACUCCAGAUGUGGGCAAACGUCGGCGCUGGCGCUGGCCCUCUCACCGCAUGGAAUCCGACUUUAGAGAUUGCACCCGCAAUACAAGUCGACGUUGACUUCUAUCCGCUCAACCAUGUCAUGGCACUCUUACCUAUUCCCCUCGCGUUCUCUCCAGCGGUCGCGCUCAAUAAAGGUCUCGUAGCCGGCAUAGAGUCGCAGAUACCAAUGGCAUCGGCAGUCAACCAUCACUUGUACCGAGCGGAUGUGAAAACUCGCUUGUUCCUUCAUGUCCUUGUCCGACACCUCUUGUUUUACGGCGAUGAGGCGGAGGCCGGGUUCGUCACUCAAACGUAUCAGCAAUUGCCCUACUGGCAGCAUUCGCUCGAAGUUCUCCUACAUCAAGCACUGGAAGCCGAGGCUGGCACAGGUCUCAGCCCACAACAAGCCUUCCUGCGGAAGUUCACUGACUUCCCACAGAUAGUUGCGCAUACGGCACGGAAAAGUGAAGCCUCGUUGUGGCCCUACUUCUUCUCGAUUAUCGGGGAUCCCAAAGUGCUGUUUGAGAUGUGUCUAAGAGAUGGUACACUACGCUCGGCUACAUCAUACCUUGUGAUCGUGCAAUCUUUGGAAUCUACAAGCAUUAGCGGACAGUUAGCGCUGGACCUAUUAGAACGUGCGAAGGCAUUGAAGAACACAGAGAUCCGCCAAGAAGUGCUUCGGUUCCUAACAUCCAUAGAGGGAGAAGAUGGGGAGCACUUCAUGGAGAUUUUGAAGCGGAAGCAUGAGAUAUAA